AGUUGGAAAAUUUUCACACAACAAUAUAGAUUAUGUCCAUCAUCAACCUCAAUCUGAAAGAUCUCCUGGAAUUUCUUACUCACCACUCAUGUUGUUCAGUUAUGUAUUUAGCCUUCUUCAUGUGCCUUGUUCUAAUAUUAUUAUGUUUUGUCAUGAACAAAAGAAGCUCAUGCAAAGUUUACUUAAAAGAUUUUGCCUGUUACAAGCCUCCACCUUCUCAAAAGUGCUCAAAAGAGCUUCUUAUGAAGCAAGUAAGACGCAUGGGAUAUAUCCCGGAAGAGAUGCUAGAUUUCAUGAAGAUUAUCAUGGAAGGUUGUGGCCUCGGGGACUCGACAUACUUACCGGAGAUCUUUUUUAAAGAAAGUUAUUAUAACCCAUCCAUGAAAAAUUCAACAAGGGAAGUGGAGAUGGCCAUUUUUGGUUCUGUAGACAUGCUUCUAGCUAAAACAGAUGUAAAAAGUGAAGACAUUGGGAUACUAAUUGUAAAUUGUUGUAUUUAUAAUCCAGUGCCUUCUCUUUCUAGCAUAGUAAUUAACCACUAUAAGCUGAGAGAAAACAUCAUCAGUUAUAAUCUUUCUGGAAUGGGAUGCAGUGCAGGACUUGUGGCAAUAGGGCUUGCUAAACAGCUCCUACAGGUGCACCACAACUCCUACGCGUUGAUAGUGAGUACAGAGAGCAUCACUGGAAACUGCUACGUUGGAAAAGAUCGUUCCAAGUUCUUUAUCAACUGCUUGUUCCGCGCUGGAGGCGCAGCGAUCCUCCUCUCUAACCGCCCUUCUGAUCACAAACAUUCUAAAUACCAACUUGUUCACACAAUACACACCAACACAUCAACUUCAGAUCAGUGCUACCACUCUAUCUUUCGAGAAGAAGACAACGCUGGAAUAGUCGGUGUCACCAUCAACAAACACCUCGUGGCCACCGCCAUAGCCACCAUUGAACGAAACAUCAUCACCUUAGGAUACCUAAUCCUUCCCAUGCAAGAGAAGGUUGUCUACAUCGCAAGAAAACUACUUCCAUCGAAAACUUUGUCCCUAAACAACAUACCAAAUUUCAGAAAAGCCAUCGAUCACUUCCUCCCGCACGUAGGUGGGAAGGUGGUUCUCGACCAACUGCAGAAGACCCUGGGGUUUUCCGAAGACAACAUGGAAGCAUCACGAAUGACAUUGUUUAGGUACGGAAACACCUCCAGCAGCUCAAUAUGGUAUGAGCUAGCAUACGUCGAGGCAAAGGGUCGGGUCAAAAGAGGUAACCGGGUCUGGCAGAUGGCAUUCGGGUCAGGAUUCAAGUGUCAAAGUGUCAUUUGGCGUGCAAUCAAGACUGUUGAUCAUGAUGAUUAUAAUCCUUGGGCUGACGAGAUUGUCGGAUUUCCGGUGAUUUUGGAGGACAUUGAAACAGAUCCUUUUUCUUUCGUACCUUCCAAGUAAAGCUAUAUGAUAUUUUACUCGACCUUAUAUCGAUCGUGUCAGUUGCUAGUUUAAAUGUAAUGUUGAGGCAAAAAUGUUAAUAAGGAUAAAAAGAAA